CGUUGUUCAGCAUGUCCGUUAGGGCUAUCUAAUGGCACCAUGUGUUGGCUAUCAGGGCAGCAAUUUUCAGUUGAUAUUACAGUAAUUUAUUCAUUAAUUUAUACAACUUAAUCAGAAAAAUGUAACAAAAAAAGAAAACGAAAAUAUAAUAAAAUCACAAAACUGAAAAAAGUAGAAGAAAAAACUUGAAUUCAAAAAUUAAACAUAUAAGUCUAUGAAGCGGUAAAGAAUUGAAACUAGUAAAAAAAUAAUCGACAUAAAACAACCUUUAAUUUUACGAUGGGUAAAUUUUCAUACUUGAUAUUUACACUAUGGAUAUCAUGUUUGAUGGUAUCCGCUUUAAUUUUAUUUCUUAAUGGAUUUUUUUUAACUCGAAUGUCACAAAUAGAGCGUAGCAACUGUACAUUGUCUCAUAAUCUAAAGAUUUGUGACAUUGAAAAGUUAUUGCAAAAUCCUGAGACAGCCGGUGAAAUUUGUUUAGAAUCUCGUCAAAAAGUUGUGUUACUUAUAGUGGACGCGUUGAAAUAUGAAUUCUUAGAUUGGCAGGACAACAUUACUAAUUCUUAUUAUCAAAAUAAAAUUUCUACUGUUCACGAUCUUUUGAAGAAAUAUCCAAAUCACUCAAGACUUUAUAAAAGUAUUGCUGAUCCACCAACUACGACAAUGCAACGUAUCAAAGCUAUAACAACAGGUACUCUACCAACAUUCAUCGACGUAAGUUCAAAUUUUGCUUCUGAUAAAAUCGAUGAGGAUAAUUUAAUUGAUCAAGUCAUCCAGAAAGGCGUUAUAUUAAUGGGUGAUGAUACUUGGAUUAAUUUAUUCCCAGGUAAAUAUUUACGGCAGUUUCCUGCGCAUUCAUUUAAUACUCGUGACUUGGAUACAGUAGACAGAGAAGUUCGGAAUCGAAUAUUUUUUGAGUUACAGAAAAAAGAUUGGUCAUUAUUGAUUGCUCAUAAUUUAGGAGUUGAUCAUUGUGGCCAUAAGCAUGGCCCAAAUCACCCUGAAAUGACAAGAAAGUUGAAUGAAAUUAACGUACUCAUUAAAGAAAUAAUUAAUGUUCUUGAUGAUCAGACUGUGUUGUUUGUAAUUGGAGAUCAUGGUAUGACGAAUUCUGGAGACCAUGGUGGAGAUAGUGACGAUGAAAUUGAAACGGCGAUGUUCGUUUAUUCAAAAUCUCCUUUACAAGAUGCAAUUGAUGAACACGAACCGAGAGUUGUCAAUCAAAUUGAUAUUGUACCAACACUAGCAUCAAUCCUUGGUAUUCCUAUACCUUUUUCUAACAUUGGAUCAGUCAUAUUGGAUGCUUUACCAAGUCUAUCAAAGACAUCAGAUAUGUGGUAUACUGUUCAUGCACUUUGGAGAAAUGUUUAUCAAUCAAAAAAAUACAUUGACACUUAUUCGGCAAGUUCAUUUUUAUUUUCGGAUGAAAAACUCCAAGAACUAGAGCAAAUGUACCGGGAUUUACUUCAACAAGUACCAAAAAUUAAUGAUCAGAAAACUCUUAAAAAUUUCGUCAAACAUGCUAAUGAAUAUUUUAAAAUUCUUCGUGCUUCAUGUAUAGAAAUUUGGGUUCAAUUCGACUCGGGUUUGAUGUUCAAAGGCUUGUUCUUAAUGUUCUGCACUUUGUUUUUUACUUACAUACUCAUUAAUCAACUACCAGAAAUUUAUAUGAUAAAAAUAUUUGAUCUAUCUUUUUUUCGAGUCUUAAUAUUUAUCUGCAUUGCUCUAGUUAUUGUCUAUAUAUCUUAUGUAAUGCAGCUAGUCGUUAAUUUUAGUAAUACAUUUUCUUUCAUUGGUGGAGUAAUUCUGUUAUUUUUUCUAGUUAUUCUAGUUAUUAAAAAUUGGAAUACAAUAUUGACAACUUGGUAUAAUAAUUCUCAGAGUAAAAAAUUAAACUACAUUGUUCAAAUAACUUUAUUUUUAGUAGUCUUCGGACUAUUUUCAAACAGUUAUAUUAUUGAAGAAAACAAAAUACUCUCCUUUCUCUUGAUAACACAAGUUUGGUUAUUUAUAUAUUCUAAUAUUAAACAAUACAAUUCAAAUGAUAAUUAUGACAAAAGAAACCGGAAAUCUUUUAACAAUAUUUCUAGAAUUUCCAGCAAGCAUAGAACAUUAUUAAUAGUUUGUGGGAUAAUAAUUUGUCUCGCAGUGAGAUUGUCUAGUUACUAUUGGAGAUGUCGUGAAGAACAGAACCGCGAAUUAUGUGGAUCUUAUGUUUUGGGUAAAACUGGUUCAAUAACAUCAAAUACUUUGGAAAGAAUACUGUUAACAAUUUCUUUGGUGAGUCUGGCGUUGUACAUCACAACUGUAAGGAUUUGGUUGAGAAAUUGUGGAAAUUUAUCAGGUUUUUCACUUAACAUAACAGUUGCGCGCUACUGUCCAGUCCUGACAGUUGUAUGUAUUGGCAGCUAUUGGGUACUAUCCAGAUUAUCUACAAGUAAACAAAUAAAAUUCACUCUCGAAUACCAGAUGAAUGCAUUACCAGGAAUUGCUUAUUUUUUUAUUAUCAUUUCUAUUUUCAUUUUGUUUUUGCGACCACUUGGAAUAUUUUUUUUAAAACAAAAUCACCAAUCCUUUGCUGUCUAUGAAGAUGAAAAUGUUGUACCAAAACUAUUUGAUAUAGUGAAAAAUCUUCUUAACACAAAUAAAAACGAGAAUAGUAACAAUACCCCAAUUAUUUAUGGUCUUGGUACUGUUUACAGUGCAGCUUUUAUUUCUUUGAGUGUUUUUGUCACACUUCUUGAUGCUUUGCUUCUUGGAUGCUUUCAAGCUCCGAGUAUUUUUUUAAUGUGUAUUACAUGCAUAGCAUUUCUGAUCAUUGUUUCAAUGGAACGGCAUCAUAAUGCUAAUAAUUUAAAGGAACUUCUUCAAAUACCAAACUCAGCAGUUUUCUGUUGGUUUUUGAUUGCUGAAUAUUUUUUUUAUGGUACUGGACAUCAACCAACUUUUUCAACUAUUCAAUGGGAUGCUGCGUUAGUCGGAACCAACGGCCAAUUUUACAAAAAUAUCCUGCCAACAAUUUUAAUUGGGGUAAAUACGUUUGGAUCACACAUAAUAAUGGGUAUUACAUUACCUCUAUUAGUAAUCAUGCCAUUAACAAUAAUCGUAAUGAUUCCGAGUCUUUCGAAACUCAAAUUUCGCAUUAAUGACGAACUAAAAAAAGGUGAGCUCAUCUUGUUCGAUCGACAAUCCACGUUUCAUUACUCGCUUCUUUUAGUUGUUGGGAAAUACUUUCUUAUCCAUGGAUUGCGUACUUUCGGAUGCAUGUUAGCUGCAACAAUUCUUUGUCGCCACUUAAUGGUAUGGAAAAUCUUUGCUCCAAAAUUAAUUUUUGAAGGAAUCUCGUUGCUAGUUACUUUAGGAAGUGUUUUGGUGUCAAUAAUUAUGAUAAUUAGAAUCGAUAAUCGGGUAGAACUACUAAUAGCACGAGUAUCUAAAGUGAAGUGAUGUGAUAUUACGAACAGAUUACAAAAUAAUGUGAGUAAAUAACUAAUAAUGGAAGAAAAUAUUAUUAAUAUAAAGUGUCAAAUUAACUGCUAAAUAUUGUGAAAAAUUUUGUAUGAUGCUUAUAAAUCAUGACGUCUUUUAAUUCGUUUCAAAAGGAUAUUUUUUUCAAUUGAUGACUAAAAAUGAAUAACCAGAAUAUUUUUCUUUUUGAAUGAUGAUUUUUUAACAUAUGAAGACUACCCUGCGUGCAAUGCAUUGCUGAUUAUAAUAUUCAUGAAGCAACGCACUUGAUGCAGGAUUGCGUUCAGAUGUGUCUCAAUACUGUCUCAUGAUAUUUAAAAAUUAGUAACCUAGAUAUGUAUAUACAUAUGAAAUAACCGUCUGUUCAAUAUUACUAAAUUCCCUUCAAUUUUGGUGGAUGAGUUUGCUGGCUGAUACUCAAUGAAAUAAUAUAAUCAAAUUAGUGAUAAAGUAAAAUUUGAAGUUACACUUAUGAUUUUUAAAACUUAAGAUAAUCUUAAUAACUUCUAAAAAUAGUUGUAUCGCAUUAAGCUUAUUGAAGAUUCUGUAUUCUAUUUUCACAACAAUUGAGGUAAAGUAAGGUGAAU